CACAUACAUUAAUGCGAUUAACCACGAUUUCGGUAACCGUGAUUAGUUGAUGUGAUUAAAAUUAUAAAAUGUGUUUAUUAAAAAAAUAGCUACAUUAAAACUUAAAAUUAAAACCUGAACUGCUUAGAUUAUUUUUUUAAACUCCGUUUAGCAAUUACUAUUAAAUUUACACUAUUUUUUUUUUUUUUAUAUCAUAUAUGUAUAUUUGAAAUUUACCCACAUAUUAAAAUGGAGAACAAAUCAAAAAAAUACGAAAUUAUUGAAUUUUUGGGUGAAGGACAGGUAAAUAUUGAUUGUCUAAUAAAAUUAUAAAACAAUAUCUAGUAUUGUGAAGGAUUUAAAAUACAUAAUUCAUUUUUCAAUAACUGACCCGUAAUAAUAAUUUAUUUGUUAAACUUGAUAUACAUUUUUAGUUGAGAUGGGACUAGUAUAAAUUAAUAUUAAAAAUAAUAUUUAAAUGUUUAAAUAAAUUGAGAAAUUUAAAAUUUUAAUGUAUUUCACACUAUCUCUUUAUGAAAUGAGUGAUAGAACAUAAGUACACAAAGUCUAGUUUCCAUAUUCAAUGUACCUAUUAUAUUCGUUAUUUUCUUUAAAAGUAAACCUAUAAACCUAUUUUAAAAUACAUGUAAAAUAACUUCUUAUUUAUGUUGAUUUUCAAACAUCAUCUAAUUUUAUUCAAAAUUGUAAAAAACAUGUUUUAAGUAAUUUUCAGAUUUCAAGUACAGUAUUAUAUUAAAUACUUGAAUGAUAUAAAUUUACUAUAUACAAUGCUAAAUAGAGAGCAGAUAUUAUUAGUCCCCUGAGACUAAUAUUAAUUUCUGAAAAUUAAUGUUUUAUAAUUUUAUGUUAUAUUUUGUUAUUUUUAAAGGACUAUAUUGUUUUGGUGUUGUAUAUGUGGCAAUUUUAUACACUUUUUAAAUUAAGACUUAAUAUGAUAAUCUACCCCCUACCCCUUAAUUUACAUCCAUUCUUUGUAGCUUAUAUUAUCAUGUACUACCAAUAAAUUAAGAGUGAUUUGUCCCUGUCGAUAAAAAUUAGCAGACAUUUUGUUCCCAACAGUAAGACAUUUAGUCCACAAAAUUAUUAACCAUACCAUAUUGUGAUAUUGCCCCUAGUAUUUGAGGUAGAAAGAAAACAGAAAUGGUAGAAGUAAUUAUUAAAGAAUUAUAAAAUGUUUAUAUUCUUCUUCUUCUUCAUCGGUUUUUUAAAGGCCAUUGAGGCCCAUUACUGCAACACAUACUUGCUUCCAUCUAUCUCUGUCCUGUGCUAUUGUUUCUCCAUCUCGUAUUCCAAUCUCUGCUAAAUUCUUCUCCACCUUGUCAAUCCACCUUUGUUUCGGCCUGUCAAGUGGUCUUUUUCCCUGGGGUUUCCAUUUUAAAACCUCUUUCAUAAGACCAUUUGACCUCCAUACAUGACCGGCCCAUGCCAUUCUCCUAUUUUUUAAUACUACUACUAUGUCUGGCUCUUUAUAUAAUUGUUGUAUUUCUAUAUUAAUUUUUUUCUCAUAUUUUCGUGUCAUGUUAUUUAUUUUUGGCCCAAAUAUUCUUCUUAAUAUUCUUUUUUCGAGUAUUGCUAAUUUGUCUUCGUCUCCUUUAGUCGUUGGCCAUGUUUCACACGCAUAUAAAAGGACUGGUCUGAUAAUUACUUUGUAUAGAUAAUUAUUUAUAUUGUACAUUGGUAAUUUUAACUUACUGUCAGUUAAAGAGAUGUAAAUAAUGAACUAUAAUCAUCAAAUUAUUGAUCAUUGAAAGUGUAUUUUUUUAAAUUGAAAAAAGAAUUACAAAACUUCAGUUAACACUAUAAUAUUACACUUAUGUAUAUCGAGUAAAAUAAUAAACUUUAUAUUGUUUUAUUAAUUAAAUUUUAUCAGUAGUUAAAAAUAAUUUUCUGAGACCAAAUGUCUUAUAUUUUGUUGUGGGAACAAAAAUAUAAUUUAUUGUUACUAGUAAUUGUCUUGAUGUGACUGAAUAUUUUUUAUCCAUCACCAACUAGAUACUUCAUAUUAUACACCUUAAUAAUAAUUGUUAAUUUUACUUUUUUAUGCUUUAGUUUGCCACAGUCUACAAAGCUAAGGAUUCCAUUUCAGGCAAUAUUGUUGCUGUUAAAAAGGUAUUUUAUUUUACGUGAUUGUUAAUUUUGUUUAGGUUCUGAGCAUAGCGAGGAAUUUAUUUGAUUAUUUAUGUUCACUGUUUCUUUUUUUUAAAAUAUUUCCUGUCUAUGAGCAACUCUUCUCCCAGAAAUCUUGGUCCAAACAAAGAAUGACAAAAAAUGAUUAUAUUUUUUAUUAUUAUUUUAGAUUUAGUUGUUGCAUUAGAAAUGUAGUUGUAUGUGUUAUAAACUGAUUUUUAUAAUAAUGAUGAAAAACUGAUAAAUAGCAAAGUUUACUGAAAUAACAGUUUUAUAAUUUCAAUUUUAUUGUAAUUUUACUAUAGUAUAAAAUAUAUUCAUGGAGGCUUGACAUUUUUACAGAAUACUUAUACUGCUUCUUUAUUCUGUUGUGGUAAAAUUUCUAGUGAUUUUUAAGCUAUUUGUAAAAAUUUAAUAUUUUCUAUUUUUUUUUUUUUUUUUAUUAAUUUAAGAUCAAAUUUUGAAAAAAAAUUACACUAUUUAAAAACAUGUAAACUUCAGAAUUAUUUAUCAAUAGCAAUAAUUUAUUAUUUCAAACAGAUAUAAAUUAAAUAACUUUAUGUAACCUACCUUACCCACUUCCCACCUAUAGCAAUGGCACACUAUCAGCUCUUUCAUUUAAUUUUUUUUUUUUUUAUUUAGAUAAAAGUUGGUACUGUAGAAGAUGCAAAGGAUGGUGUUAACCGUACGGCUCUCAGAGAAAUUAAACUUCUUAUUGAACUAGAUCAUGAGAAUAUUAUUGCUUUGAUUGGUUUGUAUUUUAAUCUAAUUUUAAUGAAAUAUUAUAAUAAUGAACUAACAUUAUAUUAAACAAAAAAAUUCAGAUGUUUUUGGUCAUCUAUCAAAUAUAUCUUUAGUUUAUGAUUUUAUGGACACAGACCUAGAAGUUAUUAUUAAAGACUCAUCAAUAGUAUUCACUCAGUCUCACAUAAAAGCAUAUGCAAUAAUGACACUAAAAGGAUUAGAAUAUUUGCAUAUGAAUUGGAUUUUACAUAGAGUAAGAUAUUUUUAGUUUAUGGUGUGAGAAAUAAAAUGACUAAUACUUAUUACAGGAUUUAAAACCAAAUAAUUUAUUAGUCAAUAAAAAAGGUGUUUUAAAAAUUGCUGACUUUGGUUUGGCAAAAAGAUUUGGAACACCAGAUCGUUUGCACACACAUAGAGUAGUUACUCGGUUUUAUCGAGCACCAGAACUUUUAUUUGGAGCCCGAGCUUAUGGACCAGCUAUUGACAUUUGGGCUGUUGGCUGUAUAAUAGCAGAACUUUUACUUAGAGUACCCUUUUUACCUGGUGAAUCUGAUUUAGACCAGCUAACCAAAAUAUUUACUACACUGGGAUCACCAAAUGAAGAAACCUGGCCAGUAAUAAUUUUAAAUAAUUUUUAUGUACAAAUAUUAAUCUAUAUAGUGAAGCCACAUUUUCUUAGUAUGGUUGAAUUUUAAAUUAUCACCUCAAAAAGUGUAUAAAAAGAAGUUUUAAUAAAUUAAUGUAAAAGAAUAGAUAAAAAUAUUUAUUUUUCAGGGUGUUACUAAAUUAUCCGAUUAUGUAGUAUUCAAAAAAUUUCCAGCAAUUCCUUUAAGAGAAAUAUUUACAGCAGCUCCUAAUGAAUUACUUGACGUUAUUGGCGGUAUGCUUAAUGUUAAUCCUUUAAAAAGACCAACAUGUUCAGAAGCAUUACAAAUGUCAUACUUUAGGUGAGUUAUAAAUUUGAUAACCUCCAAUUUUUACUUAAUGUAUAACUAUUAAUUUGUUGAUUUUGGAAUAAUUUGUUCAGUAUUCGACCACCACCUUCAUUAGGAAGUCAAUUACCUAUACCAUCAUGUUUAAAAGAGAAGAGUUCAGAUGACCAGGAUGCAAAAGGACAAAAACGAAAGUUCACCGAUUAUUUAGAAGGAGGCAAUUAUAAAUUUAACUAACAUAUAUUUAUUCUUUUUAACUAAAUAAAGACGCAAAAUUAUUUUUUUAAAAAUGCAUAAAUUAAUAAUAUAUGUAUAUUUUACAUCAUAUUAGAAUUAAUUAGAAUAAAAAUUAUGAUUUGUUUCAGGAACACAACCAAAACGUUUAGUCUUUGAUAGUCUCGCCUAAGUAUGUUAAGUAUAAACAUAAGAAAUACCUCAUAUUAAAAUUAUUGUAUAUCAUAUUUUUUUUACACAUUAAAAUAAAUUAUUAUCAUUAUCAUUAGUUAUGAUAGAAGGUAUACAUGAUUUAUCGGAUAAAACACCAUGUUCAAUUAAGAAGUUCUCCACAUCCCCAGCAUAAAAAUCAUCACCUAGAUCAUCAGUAACACGCACAAAAUUGCCGAUAAGUUGUCCUGCUCUGUAUGCAAGUAAAGCUGGAACACCACACAUUUUGAAAUUUAAACUCAAACCAGCGUUUGAACCAAUUAGUUUGCAAAAUUUUGUUUUUUGAAAUUCAUUACAUAGCACUUUCAAACAUGAAUUCAUAAUUGAGCAUGUUGGCACAUUGUGUUCAUAAACGUGUACAAUAACAGUUACAUUGGGAGUUUCAUUUUCAACUGCAUUUAAAAAAUCAUCCCCAGUUAAUAAAUCAUAAACUUUACCAAAUUCUGGAGCUUCUUCAGUUUUUGCCAUCAUUUCCUUCAUACGUUUUUUACGGUAUUCAGCAAGAAAUUUAUCAUCCAAUUCAUCAAGUUCAGACUUGCAUGUUAGAGCCAUGUCAUUUAUCUGCUUUAUUACAUUUUUUUCGUGUUGUACUUUCUGUGCAGAUUGUUGUCGUUUAUAUUGUUCCCAAUCAUUCAGUACUCCUUUUGGACCAGUAUUUGAUGAUGUCCCAUCCCAGUCUGAUUUUGAUUGUUUGGGAGGAUCUCGAUCCAACAUUGGUUCAUCUUCGUCGCUGCUACUACAGUAGUUAUGCAGUUUUUCUCCAAGUAAUUUACUCUCUAAAUCUGCCAUAUUAAACCAAUGAAAGAAAACAAUAAUAGUUAUAAAAUUAUAAUAUUAAUACUAUUAUUAUAAUUAUUAAUUACUAAUAUUAUGAUUUAACUUUAAAUUUGAACUCAAAUAAAGUAAACAUAAUAAUCACGGAUCAAUACUACGGACUAGAUAUCUUAUAUUUUAGUCCGUAUCACUUUUCUGAACCCCAACGAUUACCUAUUUUAUCACUGUAUGAUCAUAAUUCCGUCUCAUGACUUAUACACUCAUUGGUAACACUGGUAAAGAAAAGUUUUUGACACCAAUUUUUUUGAAUUGUAAAAGAUAAUAAUUUUUAUACACUCAUUGGUAACACUGGUAAGGAAAAGUUUUUGACACCAAUUUUUUUAAAUUCUAAAAGAUAAUAAUUUGUAUUGAUGCAAUUUUCAAUAAAUCAGUUCAUUUUAAAGAGUUGAUUCGAUGAAUCAACUCCUAAGUUGCCAGUUCAUUACAUUAAACAAUUCUCCUUAUCACGAAUCAUCAACUCAAUGAGCCAACUCUCAAGUUCCCAGUUCAUUUCAUUAUGGCCCGGAUUUUCAGUCACAUUUAUUCGUCGAUAAAACGUGUUAUUUGACACAUAAGAAAAAAUUAAUAAUUUUCAGUUUUCCAUGUCGGAGUAAACUAAUAGAGCUAUUUGAUGAAUAAAGUGCAGAAUAACUUAUUAUAUAAUUAUCACUAUAUAUUUUCUACCAAAUAAUAAUUUAUACGACGAAUAAAUAUAUUUCAUAUUUUAAGCGUAAACUUAUGACAUCUCUGGGCUAAAGUAUUAGUUAGGUUUCCAAUUGCCCUGUUAUUCAAAACAAUAUAUAUUUUGUUUAGUUUACACCUUCUUGGUACUUACACAGCCUAUAGUACUUGAAUUGAAGUCUUAUGCAAUUUUGUGCCAGCAAUUAUUUUUAUUUUUAGAUUGUUUUCCAAAAUAUUUCUAUUUAAUAAUGCAUACUUCAAUAAACAAAAUAAUUGUCGCUCUAAUCCUCUUCGAUGCC